CGCCUCCGUUAGAACGGCUCCUGGUGCUGGAGGAUCCUUUUGCGCACGCGCACAGCCUCCGACCAGCUAUUUCCGCUAGCGGGUUCCAUCCUCUACCGAGCGCGCGCGAAGACUAUAGAGGUCGACUCGGGAGCGCGCACGCAGCUCCGCCCCGCGUCCGGCCCGCGAAUCCCGCGGCGUCCGGCCCGGGUGGUCUGGGCCGCGGCGGGAAUGCCCCGGAGGGCGGAGAACUGGGACGAGGCCGAAGUAGGCGCGGAGGAGGCAGGCGCCGAAGAGUACGGCCCUGAAGAAGACGGCGGGGAGGAGUUGGGCGCCGAGGAGUCCGGCCCGGAAGAGUCCGGCCCGGAGGAACUGGGCGCCGAGGAGGAGAUGGAGGCCGGGCGGCCGCGGCCCGUGUUGCGCUCGGUGAACUCGCGCGAGCCCUCCCAGGUCAUCUUCUGCAAUCGCAGCCCGCGCGUGGUGCUGCCUGUAUGGCUCAACUUCGACGGCGAGCCGCAGCCCUACCCAACGCUGCCGCCUGGCACGGGCCGCCGCAUCCACAGCUACCGAGGUCACCUUUGGCUCUUCAGAGAUGCAGGGACACACGAUGGGCUUCUGGUUAACCAAACUGAAUUAUUUGUGCCAUCUCUCAAUGUUGACGGACAGCCUAUUUUUGCCAAUAUCACACUGCCAGUGUAUACUCUGAAAGAGCGAUGCCUCCAGGUUGUCCGGAGCCUAGUCAAGCCUGAGAAUUACAGGAGACUGGACAUCGUCAGGUCACUCUACGAAGAUCUGGAAGACCAUCCAAAUGUGCAGAAAGACCUGGAGCGGCUGACGCAGGAGCACAUUGCACAUCAACGGAUGGGAGAUUGAAGAUUUCUGUUGAAACUUACACUCUUUCAUCUCAGCUUUUGAUUGUACUGAUGAGUCUUGAUCUAGAUACAGGACUGGUUCCUUCCUCAGUUUCAGUGUCUCAUUCUCAGAGUAAAAUAGGCACCAUUGCUUAAAAGAAAGUUAACUGACAUACUAGGCAUUGCGGUGUUUAGGGGCAAACAUCACAAAAUGUAAUUUAAUGCCUGCCCAUUAGAGAAGUAUUUAUCAGGAGAAGGUGGUGGCAUUUUUGCUUCCUAGUAAGUCAGGACAGCUUGUAUGUAAGGAGGUUUGUAUAAGUAAUUCAGUGGCAAUUGCAGCAUAUCGUUUAAUUUUAAGAAGGCAUUGACAUCUGCUUUUAAUGGAUAUAUAAUACAUCCAUUCUACAUCCGUAGUGGUUUGUGACUUGUCUGCCUCCUGCUUUGGGAAGACUGAGGCAUCCUUGAGGCAGGGACAAGUCUUUCUCCUCUUUGAGACCCCAGUGCCUGCACAUCAUGAGCCUUCAGUCAGGGUUUGUCAGAGGAACAAACCAGGGGACGCUUUGUUAGAAAGUGCUUAGAGGUUCUGCCUCUAUUUUUAUUGGGGUGUGGGAGAGGGGACCUUAAAAUGUGUACAGUGAACAAAUGUCUUAAAGGGAAUCAUUUUUAUAGGAAGCACUUUUUAUAAUUUUCUAAGUUGUGCACUUUUCUCGGUCCACUCUUGUUGAAGUGCUGUUUUAUUACUGUUUCUAAACUAGGAUUGACUUUCUACAGUUGUGAUAAUAGCAUUUUUGUAACUUGACAUCUGCACAGAAAAUAGGAGAAAAUCUGCAUGUUUGAUUAUAGUAUUAAUGGGCAAAUAAGUUUUUGCUAAAUGUGAGUAUUUCUGUUCCCUUCUGUAAAUAUGUGACAUUCCUGAUUGAUUUGGGCUUUUUUGUUGUUGUUGUUUUGUUUUUUUGAGAUGGAGUCUCGCUCUUGUCACCGGGGCUGGAGUGCAGUGGCACCAUCUUGGCUCACUGCAACCUCUGCCUCCUGGGUUCACGCGAUUCUCCUGCCUUAGCCUCCUGAGUAGCUGGGAUUACAGGCGUCCGCCACCACGCUGGCUAAUUUUUGUACUUUUAGUAGAGACAGUGUUUCGCCAUGUUGGCCAGGCUAGUUUCAAACUCCUGACUUCAAGUGAUCUGCCCACCUCAGCCUCCCAAAAUGCUGGGAUUACAGGCGUGUGGGCCACCGCGCCUGGCUGAUUCAGCAUUUUUCAUCAGGCAGGACCAGGUGGCACUUCCACCUCCAAUCUCUGGUCCUACCAGUGGAUUCAUGGAGUAGCCUGGAAUGCUUCAUAGUUUUCUAAAUGUACAAAUUCUUAUAGGCUAGACUUAAAUUCAUUAACUCAAAUUCAAUACUUCUAUCAGACUCAAUUUUUUGUAACUAAUAGCUUUUUUUUCCCAUUUUUAUUCUACUCCUUCCCUAAUAGCUUUUUAAAAAAUCUCCCCAGUAGAGAAACAUUUGGAAAAGACAGAAAACUAAAAAGGAAGAAAAAAGAUCCCUAUUAGAUACACUUCUUAAAUACAACCACAUUAACGUUUUGAGCUAUUUCCUUUCAGCCUUUUUAGGGCAUAUUUUGGUUGGUUUUUGCACAGUUGAGAUUGUACUGUUUAUACAGUUUUAUACCCUACUUUUUCAUUUAACUUUAUAACUUAAAUAUUGCUCUAUGUUAUUAUAAGCUUUUCACAAACAUUAGUAUAGUCUUCCUUUUAUAAUUAAUGUUUGAGGGUAUUUCUUGGCAUGCAUCUUAAUUCCUUAUCCUAGCCUUUGGGCACAAUUCCUAUGCUCAAAAAUGAGAGUGAUGGCUGGCAUGGUGGCUCCUGCCUGUAAUCCCAGUACUUUGGGUAGCCAAGGUCAGAGGAUUGCUUGAGCCCAGAACUUCAAGAUGAGCCUGGGCUCAUAGUGAGAACCCAUCUAUACAAAAAAUUUUUAAAAAUUAGCAUGGCGGCACACAUCUGUAAUCCUAGCUACUUGGCAAGCUGAGGUGAGAAGAUCAUUGGAGUUUAGGAAUUGGAGGCUGCAGUGAGCCAUGAGUACGCCACUGCACUCCAGCCUGGGGGACAGAGCAAGACUCUGCCUCAAAAAAAAAAAAAAAAAAAAAAAUCAGGCUGGGCAUGGUGGCUCACGCCUGUAAUCCCAGCACUUUGGGAGGUCAAGGUGGGGCGAUCUCCUGAGGUCAGGAGUUCAAGACCAGCCUGGCCAACAUGGUGAAACCCUGUUUCUACUAAAAGUACAAGAAUUAGCCGGGUAUGGUGGCUCACGCCUGUAAUCCCAGCUACUCAGGAGGCUGAGGCAGGAGAAUCGCUUGAACCCAGGUGGCGAAGGUUGCAGUGAGCUGAUAUCACACCACUGCACUCCAGCCUGGGUGACAGAGCGAUACUUUUGUCUCAAAAAAAAAGAAAAAAUUCAAAUCAGAGUGAAGUGAAGGAGACACUCCACAGUUUUCCUUCUACUCCAAAUUUCAACUGAUUUUAGCUCCUUCUUUCAACAUUCAACAAAUAGUCCUUUUUUUUUUUUUUUUUUUUUUUUUUUUUUUGAGAUGGAGUCUCGCUGUGUUGCCCAGGCUGGAGUGCAGUGGUGUGAUCUCUGCUCACUACAAGCUCCGCCUCCCGAGUUCAAGUGAUUCUCCUGGCUCACCCUCCUGAGUAGCUGGGAUUACAGGCACCUGCCACCAUGCCUGGCUGAUUUUGUAUUUUUAGUGGAGACGGGGUUUCACCAUGUUGUCCAGGAUGGUCUUGAUCUCCUGACCUCAUGAUCCACCCACUGCAGCCUCCCAAAGUGCUGGGAUUACAGGUGUGAGCCACCACGUCCAGCCGGCUUUAUUUUUUUUUUAAGCUGUCUUUGUGUCAGAAUGAUAGUUCAUGUUCCUCUUGUUAAAACGUGCAGGCCGAGCAUGGUGGCUCAUGCCACCUCCCAGCAUUUUGGGAGGCCGAGGCGGAUGGAUCACCUGAGGUCAGGAGUUCAAGACCAGCCUGGCUAACAUGGUGAAACCUCAUCUCCACUUAAAAUACAAAAAUUGCCAGCCGCGGUGGCUCACGCCUGUAAUCCCAGCACUUUGGGAGGCCUAGGCGGGUGGUUCACGAGGUCAGGAAAUUGAGACCAUCCUGGCUAACAUGGGUGAAACCCCAUCUCUAUUUAAAAAUAGAAAAAAUUAGGCAGGCAUGGUGGUGAGCGCCUGUAGUCCCAGCUACUCGAGAGCCUGAGGCAGGAGAAUGGCAUGAACCCGGAAGGCGGAGCUUGCAGUGAGCUGAAAUGGUGCCAUUGCACUCUAGCUUGGGCGACAGAGUGAGACACCGUCUCAAAAAAAACCAAAAAACAAAAAUUAUCCAGGCAUGGCAGUGGGCGCCUGUAAUCCCAGCUACUCGGGAGGCUGAGGCAGGCGAAUCUCUUGAACCCGGGAGGCGGAGGUUGCAGUGAGCCAAGAUCACACCAUUGCACUCCAGCCUGGGCAACAAGAGUGAAAUUCCAUCUCAAAAAAAAAACCAAAAAACAAAAAAAACCAUGCAGUUUGAGUACUGUGUUUUUGGUGUUGUCCAAGCAAAAUUGAAAACCUGUAGCAUGAAUAAUGUUUGUUUUUCAUUUCGAGUCUUGUGAAUGUAUUAAAUAUAUCACUCUUAAGAGACUGUGAAGUUCCUAUUUUAAGUUUUUUUUUUUUUUUAAGCUGUUCUUUAAUACAUUAAAUGGUGCUGAGUAAAG